AUGGAACGGCUGAAAGAAAAUAACGCCAGUCCAAUCAGGCAACCUACUACAGCAAAAGGAAGCAUGCACGUUUCCAUUCCAAAGGCCUUCAUAACACGGCGCUAUGUCACACUAAAUAUAAUGAUAAUGAAUAACUUCUUGAAAAAAAUCAAGGAAAACACAAGUCUCAUAAAGGCAAUAAGUCCAAUCAUAAAGCAGUGGAAUCGAAAAGGAUUCGCUUUGAUCAAUACAAUAGCCGCUCCAAUAAUAGCUGGAAGUGGAUAUGAAGACAAGCACUGUAAUCAGUUCCAAGCUCUUAUGAAGUGGUAA